AUGUCCAUCGGUAGCACCCCAAGAGGCCCUGGAUCCUCCUCAAUCCCGGAUCGGAGGGGCAAUCAAAGACCGGCAUCUGAGAGCAUCCUCAGAGUUAAGCACUUGACACUCCAGCAUUCUGCAGACCAUUGGGAGGAACUUCACGCUCCCAUUCACACCAUCUUUGGUUGGGGACAAGAAGGAGGUCUACUAUCUUCAAAAUCGAGUCAGGCGGACUUCCUGGUUAUACAUGACUUUCUAAAUACCUUUGCCCAUGUUGAGCAAGAAGUUGGAGAAGGAUCAUGUUUGUCUGCGGUGGUUCCUCGAAUGCGAACAGCACUUGAGCUCUGUCAAAAGGCUCCACAGUCACCUGUGCAAGACUCUGACCCACUGUCACACAAAAGCUGCGGAAACCAGUCAGUACCGCUGUACCAGCAUGCAAACCCAUCUCGUACUACCAGUACACCAUUACCUGUGAGGUCUGACACCCGGCCAAAGGAGUAUAUUGAGAUUUCAGAGGGCUCAAAUGAAGUGGACGAAGGAAGCAGUGAUGGGUCAGAGGGCCAUGACACCGACAACGAACGGACACACCAGAAUCGAGUUCAGGCAGCUGUAGGCUCAAGGGUCACUAAGCAGACAACCACAGAGCAAUGGGUCCAGAGGCUAAACGAGGCAAAGAAUCAAGGACUUAUAAAUGAUUUUGGGCCAACUUUCAUCAAGUGUCGAUGUGGAGUUACUAUAAAGCUAGAUUCUGGAGAAUGCCAGACUCUUCAGAAACUCGACAGCAGAAAAAGUUGCGACAAACUUCCGAAAAAACGCCAAUACGAUCUUAGCAAAUAUGACCACCACCUCCAGCGAUGUCCUUGGGUAACUGGAUCUAGAUCAAAGUCAAAAACUAAAAAAGAGUACAUUCCCAUAAGCAAAAAAUCAUUGGAGACAAUUGAGCGGAAGUCUCCGCAAAGCAAAGUUCCUCUGCCCACUGUAAUGCAGGUUGAUGGGGCCAACAUCGACACUGGUGUGGCAUGUUUAGGACGAGCUGAUGGUGCAUAUGCACUCCUUGCAAAGAACGCAGUUGCUGGAGAUGUGGGAGGGGUUGGCAGCAUUGCCAGUCACAUUGAGAUAGCAAAGGUUCUCUUUCCAUACAAGUACAGAGGAUGGUCAGCACAGGAAGAAACGACUGAUGACAUAUCUGCCACACCCUCUCAAAGAAACAUGCAUACCAGCAUCACAAAAUUUAGUCAGGAGGAGCUUGCAAUCCUUGGGCAGGAACUGUUGAGCCGUCGACAUUGGUUUGUAGAGAAUGGCUGUGAUGCUGGUUCACAUAUCAUACGUUCUGCUUCAAAACGAGACAAAGCUGAUGCACAGCUUUCAGAGACAGAUCGGAACAAGGUCGAAAAGCGGCAAGUACAUCGAGCAUAUCAGUUACUCGAGAACGAUGAUUAUGGUCAAGUGUUCCUUGAGCUAUUCAAACACGCAAAUAGCGGGCAUCUGCAGGAGCAUGGUUUAUUUGUCAAAAUUGCAGAAGUGUUAGCCAACAAAGUAGGACGAGCCCAUAGUGACAAUCCUAACGUGAAGUAUGGUGCACGCUAUGACUCGGAAGUGAUGAAGUUUUUCAUUGCUAUGCGUGGAUAUGGGAGCCAAAGUGCAGUACAAUAUGGCCUUCUCAGCCAGGUUAUUGGGGGAGUCUGCCAGUGCAGAUUAUGUCCCAUUCCACUGCUAGUUGCUCCCAGUCAAGGCAAGGAAACUGCCGAAGACAAUGCUUGCACACUGCUCGACUGCCUCUCUCUAUGUUGGAGGGCAGGUUUGGCUGUUAUCUCUUGUGGAUCAGAUGGUGCUUCGAGUGAAGUUGGUGCCCAUGACAUCAUUCAUAACUCAGUGUCGGAAUGGUUGACAUUUUCAAUUGAAAAGUUCGGGUUUAUAUUCAAUAUUCCUAUUUUUCCAACUGGUCCCUUGGUGACUGUUCCUGACCUGAGUCACGUUCAAAAGGUGUUGCGGAACAACAAGCAAAGCGGAACACACCUUCUCAGCGCUGGCAAUUACUGUUUGACACAUCAAACACUUGUUGCACUAUGCAAGGAGCCCAACAGUGGCAUGGUAAAGAAGGAUGUCGAGAACACGGACAAGCAGGAUGACGGGGCAGCAAUUAGACUGUUCCAUUCUAAUGCAUUACGAGCAUGUUUGAUGGGUGAUGACAUCGUGAACAUUGCUUGGGAGGAUGUAAUGGCUAUUUUCAACGAUGCACUUGGUGUCUUAAAUAUAUCUCCGCUACCGCUGGUGUUUACAGCCAGUCAAACUGAGACUGCACGACUCAAACGGGCUGGGAAACAGAAAGCCAGAUGUGAAGAUGAUAGUGGCAGUGAGGAUGGUGAGAAUGAUGAUGGCGAUUUGGAGAAUACCGCACCACUCCGUCUGGCUGCUGCUCAAGCUGAGAGCGAUGCCCAUGACUUAUGUGACCCAUCAAUCCCAGAUAGUGUCCAGCAUGCGAAAGCCCUGCACCACAUGUCUCGCAUGUCUGCACUCAUGGCUGACCUUGAGGAUGCUGAAGAAGUCAAAGAGCAGUCAUCCCAGAAGCCACGUGCCAUUGUUCUGAGCAUUGUCGACCUUCUUAACCCAGCACCUCCUUCAAACCAACUGAGCGAGCAUGCCAAUAUGUUGCUGCUGUGGUCCGCUUGCGCAAAUCUCAUGACCGAAACUCAGGUGUUCUGUCUGAAAGAUCUUUCGAGCAGAAGGCCAAAUACUCCCACUAUGAGCCUGAGAAACCUGGCCAGAACUACGACACAACUUGACUCAGCUGCUGGCCUUGGUGUGUCGGAUGGUAAUGGUGUGUCGCACGUCCAAAUGAAAUCCAACAUGUCCUUCAGCAUUCAAUUCACUACAAACGACGACCUGCAGCUCCUCAUGCACAAGUGA